GUUUGCUCUUUCAAAGAUGGCUGCGCUCCAGGGCAGAGUGGUUACAGGAUCUCUUACAACAUGUUUGUUUCGACAAACAAGCACAGCGAGCAUUUCCACAGUUCCUAACGUAAUGACAGGUAACAAGUGGGAUGUACCAAGAUCGCGUCUUCACACUGUCAGAGGAAGUAAAGGUCCACUGGUUAAGGCCCUGUUUGGGUGUCACAAUCAUGGACGGUUCCUGCUGGUCAGUGCUGUGGCAGUCAGACACAACAGCUCACAGGCAGCAGAAACAGUUCAGAGUGUGUCCACUCCCAGUGAACCUGUAGAUGCUACUGCAUCAAUCCCAGUCUCCAUUCCAAGUCCUAGUGCUGACCCUGCCCUAGCAGUCACAGCACCAAUCACAGAGCAGGUGGCUGAGGCUCCUCUUACAGCAUUAGAUGUCCUACAGGGGGUUGGCGCUGAUUCCAGCCUAGCGGAGCUUGGCCUGGGCAGCAGCACACCUGUGGGCUUGAUCCAGAAUCUGCUUGAGUUUAUGCACAUUGGCAUUGGACUGCCGUGGUGGGGUGCCAUUGUUGCAGGUACCAUUAUUGCACGGUGUGCUGUGUUCCCGGUCAUUGUGAAGGGACAGAGGGAAGCAGCCAAGCUAAACAAUGUCCUGCCAGAAAUGACCGAACUCACCAACCGCAUGAACGAGGCCAAGCAGAGCGGUAACAAGUUUGAAUUUUCAAAGGCGUACACCAACUUGAUGAUGUUCCAGAAGAAACAUGAUGUAAACCCUUUACGUGGGUUCCUAGUGCCAUUGGUUCAGGCUCCAAUCUUCAUCUCUUUCUUCAUUGCCCUGCGUAAGAUGGCGUAUUUGCCUGUACCCAGUUUGCAGGCUGGCGGCCUCUGGUGGUUCACAGAUCUAACAGCAUCUGAUCCAUUUUACAUUCUCCCCAUUGCUGUGACUGGCACUAUGUUUGCUAUCCUAGAGUUGGGAGCCGAGUCUGGUGUGGACAACCCCAACCUGAGGGCCAUGAAGACUGUCUUCAGAAUCAUGCCCUUCGUCAUCCUCCCUCUGACAAUUAACUUUCCCACGGCUGUGUUUACCUACUGGAUGACCUCUAACCUCUUCUCGCUGGGUCAGGUGGCCCUACUGAGGCACCCGGCAGUGAGACAGAAGUUCCACAUCCCAGAACGCAUCACGCAUCCACCGUCAGCCCUACCUAAGAAUGAAGGUUUCAUCGAAAGUAUCAAGAAAGGAUGGAAGAAUGCCCAGUUGGCUCAGCAGCUGGAGGAGAGAGAAAGGAGAAUUAAAGAACAUCUUGACAUGGCAGCCAAAGGUCCCCUGAGGCAGACCUUUACCCCCAACCCCCUGCAGCAGUCAACAGCACCAAUGUCAACAGGGAAAACAAGUAGUCUUAAGCAAGGUGAGAAGAAGAGGCCCUGGGAAGAGACAAUCGGCUAAAAGCUCAAUGGAGAACUGUGCGCUUGCUUUGUACAUGGAUGUAUUGAGACAGACUAAGGAAUGUGUGCUAGAGUGUGUAUUGGAAAAGGUGUCAUGUUGUGUGCUCUUAACAUUAAAGAGCAAUCUUAUUGCCUUCCCGCUCCCUCCAGUCUUUUAGGCAAAGGCCUACAAACGAACCUCCGUCUUUUAUUACACAGCGCUCUGAAAUACUUGAUUCUGACUGGUCAGUCGUAGCAUUCUGCAGUCAAAUAUUUUAGUAUAAUGAUCGCUAUAGUGUAUUAUUGACUGUUGUCCCAAGCAACCAUCACUCUUUGCUCUUUUCUCAUAUAAUUUAAUAAAAACUCAUAUCAAUAAUUUAUUCCAAGUGCUGUUUAAUAAGCAUGAUAAUGUACAGUCAGCUGAAACAUUGUGUUUCAGGAUGAUCACCCUGUCAGUGUUAUUUUUUUUGAUAAUGAUGGUUUAAUUUAACAUUCAAUUAUCUUAUACUUAUUUGUCAAAGUACAUAAAUACUGUACACUCACAGACUAAAUGUUAACACCAACAUUAUAACAGUUUGUUUAUAUGUCCCAAAAACAGCAAUUGCAUUGGUCUUUUAUAUCACAAAUCCACAGUAACACUGCUUUUGUCAUUUCAGCAUGAAUAUGAAAACAUUGAAAAUACUGCUUGAUAUUCUGAUGUGAAUCUGUAAAUUAUUAGAAAAAACAUUGUAGUGACUAUUCCUGUUUUCAAAAUGUAAAACAAACCCAUUUUGUAUUCGACUUUCAAUGUACAGGCAUCUUAAUGUGUAUUCAAAUAACAUCUUUGACAGUAUCACCAAAAAAUGUGUCCAUAUUAAAAAAAGAUCACAUUUCCUGAACAAGUAGUUUUACAGUUGUUUCAAAGAAAUGGUACAAAUGGCAUAAAUAAUUCCUAUUUUAUCAGUGCUAUCAUUUCAUCAGCUUACCAAGUCCUGUAACAACUCAAAGAUAGUUUCCUCUAAAAGGAAUAGCUCACCCCAAAAAUUCAUAAUUUACUCUCAUGCAGACACCCUUCUGCAGAACACAAAUGAAGAUUUUUAGAAGAAUAUUUCAGCUCUGUAGGUCCAUACAAUGCAAGUGAAUGGUGGCCAGAACUUUGAAGCUCCAUA